AUGACAGCCUACGACAGUCUUCUCUCCAGACUGACGACUUGUGGCAUCCCAGACAUUCCUGUGCCUCAGAGAUGGGGCGUAAGCCGACUUGUUGGAGGCACAAAUGAGUCCAAUGAGGAGAGUCUUCAGGAGGCUUACACCCAGGUGACGGGGGAGAGGGACCUGCUGCAACAGGAAAGGGACCGACUCACAAAGCAGAUCCAGGAGCUGCAGAGGCGACUGUCCAAGACCAGCCUGGAGGUAGAGGCUCUCAGACUGAAGCCGUGUCAGCACAGCCCUGGAGGGAGCCAGCAGGACGACAGAAAAACACUAAACUCUGGCUGUGGAGAGCUUGUGAUAGUUGGAGAGCCUAUGUCCCACAAGAGAGCAGAAAGCAUCACAGGGAAGUAUGGCGUGUGGCUGCAGGAUCCAGAGCCACAGGGAGCCCUAUACAGCAACAACACAGUGUGGAGAAUCGAUGCUGUGGGGAAAGACAUUCGCCAACUCUUUGCAUAUGAAGACAUGCAUCAGUUCUCUCGCGGGUUCCCAAUGAAGGUCCUCAUGCUGCCCGAGCCUGUGGAGAGCACUGGGGCCACAGUUUAUAGAGGUUUUUUGUACUAUCAGCGCAGACAGAGCAGAACUAUCAUCCGCUACGACUUGACAUCAGAGAGUACAGUGACCCAACAGGACUUGCCCCAUGCCAGCUUCCAUGGGCAGCACCCAUACUCCUGGGGGGGGCGAACUGACAUUGACUUGGCAGUAGAUGAGCAGGGACUGUGGGCGAUCUACAGCACAGACAAGGCAAAAGGCGCCAUAGUGAUUUCUAAGCUGGAUCCAGAGAGUUUGGAGGUGAGAGAGAGCUGGGAGACCAACAUCAGGAAAAACACAGUCGCAAAUGCAUUCAUGAUCUGUGGCCGUCUGUACACCGUGGCCAGCUACACUGCACCAAUCACCACCAUCAACUACAUGUUUGACACAGCCACCAACUCGGGUAAGGCAAUCGCCAUUCCCUUCAAAAACAAGUACAGGUACAACAGCAUGAUGGACUAUAACCAUGCCCUGAGGAAGCUCUUUGCCUGGGAUAACUUCAACAUGGUGACCUAUGACCUCAGGCUUCUGGACAGACCUGACCAGGACACCAGCUAG